AUGAUGGUGCAAGUGGCAAGGCUGCUGCUUCUGGCUGCCACCUUAACGCACGGCCGCCGCACGGAGGCGUUCAGGCCUGGGGAGAGUGCGGCCAUGAUGGCUCUUCGACAACUCACCCCGGACAUCGCGCGGCUGAACGGUGCUUCGUUAAGCCAACUGCAGGCGCUGGAGGGCCUUACCGAGCAAGACAUCCGAGAUGUGGAGAUGUGGGUCAUGGGAAAGGAGCAACAGUCGUGUUCGGAUGCCUGCUGGGACAUGGGUCUGCUCUGCAGUGAGGAAGUCAUCCAAGAGGUGGACAGCAGCGCGCUGGUGAAGGCAGCAGCGCUGCGCGCCAACUUCACUUGUGAAGCCGUGGAACCCGCUUCCAGCCUCGCGCCCCAGGCGACGACCGGAAAUGUCACGGGAGCGCCAGACGCGAACAACACCCUCAACAAGUCAGGCGUGGCUUACGAGAACCACCCGCAGAUCUGCACGCAGAAGGAGUGCGGCUGCGCCGGGCAGCCGGAACACUGCAAGGCCACCUGCUUCUACGGAGACGUUGGUAACAACACUUGCGAUGGCGUGCCAAGGCCGUCGAUGUCCAGGUUGUGCGCGUGCCACAGCAUUCGAAGCGCCAUCACCACCGCCUUGCAAGAGAUUACCAAGCAAGGCAACUCGCACCCAACUACCACCAGGGAUGCGGAGGAGCAAGCUCGACAGCUGUCGAUUCGCGCCACGAAGCUUGAGGAGGAGAUCUCCAUCUUCGUCAUGAAGCUGGCAGAUUCCAUGGUCAACCCGAACAUCUCGGUGCCGGGAAAGUGGAACAAGCUCCUGAAGAGCCAGAAUGAAACUGCCACGGAUGCUACGGAACCGGAGAAGCUGAAGACAGUGGUCAAGGAGCUCGCAGAGCUCAACCACAGGAGCAACUGGUUCCACCCGGACCAGCCAGAGAACCCGAUGACUGACACGCGUUCGACCGGGCACCACGCCACCCACGGGCACAAAGCCAUCCUCUUCCUCUUCAUCACGGUCAUGCUGGGACUCUUCACCAAUGGUCUGCUCGAGCGGAAAGGUGGAUCUUUUCCUUACACCUGUGCCAUCUUUGCCGAGGGGGUUUUGAUGGCUUUGAUCCGCGGCAGCCCGUGGCUGCCUCGCACUUUCGAGGACUCCUUGGACUUGUGGCACGACAUUGACCCUCACCUCUUCAUGUUCGCUUUCUUGCCGCCUCUGAUCUUCUCGGAGGCCAUGAACCUGAACAUGAGCAUGGUCCAGCGAUGCUUCUGGCAGUGCUUCAUUAUGGCGGUCCCUGGCGUCAUUGUGGGCGCCCUGUUGGCCGGCGUGGCGGCGAAGUACAUCCUCCCCUAUGAAUGGUCCUGGCCUUUGGCCAUGGCUUUUGGCGCGAUCACUUCCGCCACAGAUCCGGUGGCCGUGGUCUCCAUCUUCAACUCCUUGGGUGUGUCGCCACGACUGACGAUGCUCAUCAGCGGCGAGUCCCUCCUGAACGACGGCACAGCCAUUGUCUUCUUCAACCUCUUCAAGAUGAUGCUGAUUGCCAAUAUGGACUCCUCCUUCACAACCCCUUCGGGUCUCGCUGCAUUCCUCUUCCGAGGCGUGGUCUUGGGCCCACUGUUGGGCGCACUUGGAGGUUAUGCAGCCGUGUACCUCCUGGGACUCUGGGGCAGCGAUGUGCGUUACCAUGGCGACAUUCUGAGUCAGCUGCUGUUGACGGUGGCCUUUGGAUACCUUGCCUUCUUCUGGGCGGAGGAGGGCUUCGCAGCCAGCGGCGUGCUCACGGUCGUGGUCGCAGGAGCCGUCUUGGCCAAGUAUGCCGGCCCCCGCUUCGUCUCCCCCGAGGUCCUACACACCGUCUGGCACAUCGUGGAGUUUGUGGGCAACACGCUGGUGUUCAUGCUUGCCGGCAUCAUCUCAGGAGAUGUCAUGCUGAACCACCCCAACAUUUCCUGGAGAGACUGGCUCUUCAUGUUGGUCAUGUACGCUGCACUCAUGGCGAUCCGGGGAAUUACCGUGGCUCUCUUCUGGUGCCCGAUGCAGGCUGUGGCCAGCGUGAAGCUGACCUGGAAGGAUGGCGUCGUUAUGGUUUGGUCUGGGCUUCGCGGUGCGAUUGGCCUGCUUAUGGCAGUACUCCUCGAUCAGGAGACGAGCAUCAAUGAGCUCCAAGGCUCACAGGUGCUGUUUCACAUCAGCGGCUUUGCGACCAUGACCUUGCUCAUCAACGGCACCUUCGCGCCCGUGGUGUUGCAAAGGCUGGGGAUGAUGGCCACCGUGGAGGAGAAGGAGAAGAUGUUGGAGGAGGUGUGGAAUGCGGUGGCACAGAGGAGCAAGACGCAGAUGCAGGAGGUUAUGAAUGAGGAGUCAUCGAGCGAGUUGACCAAGGACGUGCCCGAGAGCUACUUGAAGAAGAUGGUUCCAUCCCUAACCGAGGAGCCGCUUCCUGCCAGCUCCACGGUGCGUGAGGAGAAUCCGACCAUCUUGAACCAACUUCGUCAAGCACUCCUGCGCACGACGCGAAGUAUCUACAAGAAGAUGUUCGAGCAUGGCGCUGUCAGCCGCACAUCCCCGGAAGCCGUUAUCCUCCUGGCAUCCCUGGACGAGGCCUGCGUGGAUACGGAAGACGGACUCAAGGAGUGGGAGCUGCUGGCGGAAAUGCUCGGGCUGUCGGCAGUGGAGGGAAACCGUGGCCGUGGCGUGAGCUUCUCCUUCAAGAGCCUGGCUGGGCGUCCAGAUCUCCAAGAGAGAUGUGUUUGCGCCAUCCUUCUCUACAUCCAUGCUCACGAGCAAGCCCUGAGCGAGGUGCAAAAAUGGUUUGGCGCCGAUAUGACCGCAGAUUCACCAGAAGAGAUCGCACUGCAGAAGGAGAACAACGCCUUCAUCCAGGAAGCCAGGGACACCUUGUCCGGGUUUCCGAAGGAGCUGGUGACGGUGGUUCGCUCGAAGAUGCUGGCUGCCAAGCUUCUCCAUCUGCAGCUGGAAGAGGUCGAGGAGUUGGCGGGCAUGGGCAUCAUCACGGAAGGUGAUGCGCAUCAGCUGGGGCACAAGAUCUCGCACGACAUCGCGCACCUGAAGAGCAUCAGUCAAGACGACUUGAAGUAG